AUGGCGGCGGCCGCUGUGGCGGCGGCGCUGCGGGAGUGGGUGGCGGCAGUUACGCGGCUGGACACGGCCUGGCGGGAGGCGCUGGCCGCCUGCGCGCCGCUGCUGGCCUCGCUGGCCGGGCUGGCGGCGCAGAUGCGGGCGGCACAGCGGCUGCCUUGGGGCGGCUCGCCCCUGGAGGCUUUCGGUGACCUGCAGCAGCGGCUGUGGCGGAAGCAGCGCGGCGCGGCCGAGGCGCUGCUGGAGCAGCUCGGUGCCCGGCGGGCGGAGCUGCGGGCCGUGCGGGACGCCGUGGGGGCCGGUGGAGCUCGUGUGCUGCGGCUGUACGAGGAGCGGGCGGCAGAACUGGGGUUGGAGGCGGCCCUGCGGCGCGGGCCGCGCUGCCCCUCGCUGGCGGAUGUGCUGGAGGGGCUGCAGGACGUGGAGCGCUACUACCGGCACCUGUACUUGGAGAGCAAACUUUUUCUCCUCGGCAUCAGCUGUGACAGCCUGGUGGACGUGGAAGCUCUCCCACAGUCAUGGGAGAAUAUUUUGGAGCGCUACAAGGGAGGCAUUGUUCAAGAUACACUCCUCAAGGUCUCUCUGUUUGUGGACAACCAGCGGGAACUGUGCUGCUCUCCAGGUUCCUGAUGGAGGACAGGAGGGAUUGACACUGACCAGCUUUGAGAGUCUGGUAUGCCCUGAGAUGACACAGAAGACAGUGACCUGAGGAAGCUUUACUGGUGGUUUUUGGAAGCUGAAUGAGUUGGAUACUUUCCUCAGCAGGAACUGCUUGGACUGUUUCAUUCCCAAGAAGAAAUGGACUUGGUGUUUGGGGAAGAGGCUGAGCUGAGCAAGCCAUGAAGGGCAGAGGGUCAUCUUCAGCUGCAGAGAUUGUCCUUUCAUCUGCCUGUCAUGGAUAUUUUGUGUACUCAGAAUUAUGUUUGGAUUUAAUAAUGUGAGGUGUGUCACAAAGAAGUGAGAGUAAUGUAAGGUCCAACAGGCUGACACCCUGUGAGGAAGAUGUUUAGGUGCUGUCCUUACAAGUAAAUAAAAGCUGUCAAGUCAGGGCUUAGAAGCUGUUUGCACCUUAUGCCUCUGAGCAGGGAGUUGCUUUCAUCCCACCUGUACACUGAAAAUGAGUGAAUCUGGCUUGAGGGUGCACUGAUGGGAUGUGUGAAGGCCUGAGCUCUCUCACAGACAGUUUUCAUGUGUGUUGGAGUCUGUAUCACCUUGGGGUUUUGUGCUGGGACAGGGUUAAACCAGUCCUAGAAACUCCCUGCUCUGAAGCAGCAGCAGCUGCCAGCUCCAGGGGCAUCUUUUGUUGGCCAUGGCACAGAUCCUCUAUAACACUUCUGGAAAGUGGUGGAAUGCCUCUCUCUAAUGUUUGGUGAGAAAUUGUAGCUUCUCAGAGAAGCCCAAAUAAAGAGCUGUCC